CUGAAGCGCCGCGCGCUUUUCACCGCCCUACCCAAAUUAUUGUUAAUUAAAACAUUAAUUACAAUUUUUGUGCUUGUGCUAGUGACAGUGCCGUGUCCGGUUGAGAGCGGUUCAAUCCGGUUUCGUCCAGACGAAUCCACUUCGAGCAAGUUCGGGUGCAGCACGGAGCAUGGGCGGAGAUGGCAUGGAGUGAGAUGGCGUGGCUUUGGCUCGCCGCCCUACUCGCCGCGCUUGCUAACGCCGCCUCGCGCGCGCCCACGCAGGAGCCCGUGCUAUUCGAAGCCGCUUUUCAAGGAAGGUGCGGCGAGGGCAGCCCAUGCGAGCAACUGUGCAGCGAGUUACACGACGGCACCUACGAAUGCGGGUGUGGUCCCGGCUACGUGCUACAAGUAGACGGCUACGGCUGUUUAGAAAUCAACUCCACAAAGGCCACUGAGGCGCCUGUGAAAGAAGGUGUCCUCUACCAAAAGGACGUCUCCUUCUCUGCGGAGCUAGAAGUUGCCCCGUCCACUAGAUUUAGUAAUAAUAUUAAACGUAUCGAUACCACACUUCAACCUAGUAAAGAGGAGAAGAGAGAAAACUAUUCAUUCACAGGAGAGAAGAGUAAAGAACUAGACGGCCUUAAGAGUUUGAUAGAAGAUGGCGUUAGCAAAGCAGACUUGAAUAUCAUAUCAGAUGGGGCAAGUGAUAUUGAUAAGAUGAAAGUUACUACUCUGGGACCGAGCUUGGAACAGAAAGUGCCAGGUGGAACGUCAUCGCCAAAGCAAACUACAGCAGUGGAAGGUUGUAAAUGCGACCCUUGUACAGAUCCCAGGUGUACGUGUAUGCUACGGAAAUGUAAAACUGAUCAAAAGAUAGCGAUACCACGCUUUUCCGGUUCAUCGUGGAUAGCAUUACACGCACUACGAGGGGCGUACAAGCGUGUACGAUUACGUAUACGUGUGCGACCGGAGCGGACCAGGGGAGUUCUACUAUUGACAGGGGAGCACGAUGACCUAUCUGGAGAUUAUUUGGCACUGAUUUUAAGAAAUGGGCAUGUGGAAUUGAGAUUCGAUUGCGGCAGUGGAGCUGGUGUGCUUCGUUCUCCAGAACCCGUGCGUCUGGGAAGAUGGAAUACAGUAUCUGUGUACCGACAUCGUUGGGACGCUUGGCUUCGCUUGAAUACUGGGAAACGAGUGCGGGGGAGAUCUAAGGGCCUCUUCUCCAGGAUGACUUUCAGAGAGCCAGUAUGGGUGGGUGGUGCUGGCAAUACCACAGGUCUGCAGAGCAAAUUGGGUCUUACUGAAGGUCUUCUUGGUUGUGUGGACUUCCUCAGAAUCAAUGGUGAUACAUACCGACUAGUGAAGGAUGCUGUGUCUACUCUUGAUAUCAGUGAAUGUGCCCCAACCCUCGCUCCUUGGCGACCAUUGAAUGAAGUCACGAGCGAAAUAAUCCCUCACAGACACAAUGACUUAGAUCACGCAAUAUACGACAUUAAUGAUAUCGUACAUUUUGAGGACAACGAUAUUGUUAUGCGCGACUCGAAGGACCAAAACAAAAUGGACAACUUUGUAAUGAAAUAUGAUAUGAAGAAAAUGAAGUUCGAUAAUGAUAAACGGGACGUCAAAUUUGUUGAUGAUAAUGAUUUGAAAAGUGAAGUAAAGGAUUGCGAGUGUCAACAUGGGGGAGGCUGUGUGGGAACAGUGUGCUUGUGUCCGCUGGGCUACGCUGGAGACAAAUGCGAGAUAACGCUGGAUUUAAAGGUACCUCGAUUCAACGGGUCAUCGUACCUGCGGUUACCCGGGCUUGGCAAUUCGGCGCAGUCAUGGUUAGAUAUACAGAUAACAGUGAAACCAACGAGUGGUGACGGUCUUCUUCUAUACAACGCUGAAGAUCCCAGUGGCGAUGGUGAUUUCUUUUCGCUUCACCUCAGGGACUACUUUGUGGAGUUUGCCUUCGAUUUGGGUUCCGGUAUCGCGCUUGUGAGAUCAGCAUACCCCUUAAAACAAAACGAAUGGCACCGAAUAUCAGUAAAUCGGUCGGGUCGUCGCGCCUCCUUGCGUGUACGCUACGACACCGAUACGACACAUGACGCGUCACGAUCCGUGACGUCACGGGGCGUUGCUAAAUACUUGGAGCUUCGACAACCAAUGAUGCUUGGAGGAGCCCCACAACCUUUGCCAGCUAGAUUAGCGCUUAAGACUUCGUUUAGUGGCUGUGUUGGACAGUUAAUAAUCAAUGAUGAAGAACUGUCAGUGGUGUCGUCAGCGCUGGGAGGCGUCAACGUGGAUAAUUGCGAUGAUCCAAGAAACGAUUCUUGCUAUAACAACAUUUGCAGAGAAAAACUAGAACCUUUAUCAUAUCCAAAAAACCUAACAGACAAAACCCAUCAUACCAUUGUAGCAAAAAAGGGUUUCAAAUUAAAAAACCACAAAUCGAAGCAAAAGAAGCGCGCGCACAUGGAAAAGUAUAAGCGGAAAAGCUUUUUCAAAAAACGAUUUGAAAAUGAAAUAAAGACAGAAGGACCGGUGUAUGACGGACAGACGUACAUACAAAUGAAGUAUUUGAGUAGUAACGAAAUUAAUUGGGGCGAUACGAAUAGUUAUCCGAGUUUUACGGGAACUGACAGCUUUAUUCACAUUGAUGAUGAGGAGACUAUGAAAAGAUUGCUAAGUUACACCCUGGACAUAAACAUCCGCUUCCGGUCAGUAUCACCCCACGGGCUGUUAGUAUGGAGUGGCCGCGCUCCUUUAUCUCCAAGAACAGACUUUCUUUCACUUGCCGUUGAGAACUCCGUACUUGUGUUUAGAUAUGAUCUAGGUAGUGGAGAGGUCGUUAUAAUAGCAAAUCAUACUAAAGUAGACGACGGAUUAUGGCACAGAGCGAGAGCUACUAGAAAUCGACAAGCAGGUGUUUUAGAAGUGGAUGGGCUGGGUUCAGUCGGGAAAAUAUCUCCGGGAAAACUCAAACAACUGAACACUGAAAAUGGAUUAUACAUAGGUGGUCUACCCUCAAUAGAAAUAAACACAAAUGGAAAAUACAAGAGCGGUCUGGUUGGGUGCGUCUCACAAAUAUCGCUAAGUGGAGAUUUUGACAUCCCCUUAACUUUAUCAAAACUACCCCACACUAUAACUAACAAUGUCGGUCGAUGUACACCAUAACACAAGUGUUGUCAGAAACAAAAACGCAAAUAAAUUUAUUUAAUUUUGCAUAUGGAGCCUACUCCUUAAAUACAUAUCAGAGAACAUCGGCAAUAAUGUAUCAAUGUGGGUACUUUUAACUUCGAGUUAUCUAACAAAUUCGGUUAAGCUUAAUGAUAUUGUAUUAAGAGUUGUUAUAUAUUGUAAUGUAAUAAAAUUAAAACUAUUAAAUCAGUCAUAACAGCAUACAUCUAUCUCUUUUCAUCACAAAGUUAAUAUGAUUGGACAAAAAGGGACAAAAAUAAGUCAUUUCAAUAAAAUUGUUUGAUACUCAGGUAACUAUAAAACGAUAUGACAGUAUAAAUAGAUUAAAACUAUUUCAAAAUAAAUCCAAGAUUGAUGGAAUUUGGUAGUUUGCUCGAAAAAGUCCCAGUUUUUGGUUUGACUGUAUCCACUUUAGUCAAUUUAGAAUGAGCUGUGUUUUUGGCAGACAAUUUUCUUAUUAACUUUGAUUAAAACAAAUACUUGGACAUUAUUAAGCAUUAUGGUAAUUGAACAAGAUCUAAUAUGUAUCGAAGUCAAAAUUCCAAGUGACAGAAACUAUCGCCUUUAUCGUUUAAGUUCCAUAAUUGUUGUUCACUUUCGAUUCUCUUUUAUAUAGUCAUACCAAAAUUAAACAAAUUAAAUAUGUAACAAAAUUUAAAAAUCGGAAAUUAAAGAGGAAUUAAUUGUAAGUACGGAUUAAACGGAAAUAUCAGCACGGAAUGGGGGUACAUAAUUGUUAUAUUCCUUCAGAACAUAAUUGAAUCUUUCUUUGCAACCUUCCUUCAAAAUGCAAAGGUCGAAAGAUAUCUAAAAGUGUCAUCUUGCAAGUGAAUUUAGACCGUAAUGUUUUGGUUGACAAUUAUAUAAAAGUUCCAAGAUUUUAGAUUUUCGGAUUUUUAGUAAUAAUAUUUUGUAUUUGUUUUAAUCACAGUAAAACUUAACCUUCUUUCGUACAAUGUAAAACUUUUCGAAGUGCUUUACUAUCUAGUAGAUAUGAAAAAUACUAUUUGUAAUUAAAUAAAUUAUAGUCGUACAAGUGAUUUGCACGCAAUUUAGUUUCAUCACACGAUUUGUUAGUGCGAAUUCAGUGUUUUACUCGCUCUAGUCUAACAUGGUAAGAGCGAGACAGCAAAUUCGCACGCUUUAUGACCCUACUUAAGAUCAGACUUAAGUUUAAACCUUGAAUUUCUUGACGGAGUUGUGGUGGAAUCUUAAGUCAUCUCAGGUUAUGUAUAAAUUAGUAUAUAACACGUAAUAGCGUUUGUAUCGAAUUUUGCAUAUGAACGUGUACUAGGAGUGAGUAGUUAAUAAAUAGUAUUUGGUAUUGAGCUUUUAUAUUUAGGCUUAUGUUUGCUUAGCUUCUCAUUUAGUAGUAUUAUUUGCCAUACCUAUUAAAACAUCCAACAUUUACUCACAGCUA